AUGUCUUCAUGUUUAUCUCUUCAUACAUGUUGGCUUCCAAGAAUGGUUUUUAUUCAAAGAAUUUUUAUUCGUUCGACAACAUCAACAUCAGAUCAAACAUCAUCCUAUCGAUCAGCUUCACGUUUUUCUGUUAAAAUAGCACGAUUUCAAUUCUUAAAACGUCAUAAUAAACAUAAUACGUCAAUAACAACUAUUGCUCCUUUAUCUAUUCAUGCUCAUUAUUCAAAAAGGGAAACACAUGAAGAUAUGCAUGAAUUAGCACGAAAUUUUCUUCUAUCACUUGAACCAGAUCAUAGAAGAAUUCUUCAUGAAGAAUUAACUGAAGUAGAAAAAUUAUCGCCAACAACUGAUACAAAUCAAAUACUUUCUUCACAACUUUUUGUUGUUUUUCUUGAAACGGGUCUUCCAUAUAUUGGUUUUGGUUUCGUUGAUAAUUUUGUUAUGCUUGUUGCGGGCGAAACUAUUGAAACAUUUUUUGGUGCUGCUUUAUGUCUUUCAACAAUGGCAGCUGCUGGUCUUGGAAAUGCUGUUAGUGAUGUUAUGGGUAUUGGUCUUGCGGAUCGUAUUGAACGGACGUGUGGACGAUUUCUAGCACUAUUUGGAAUGAGUACACCGAAAUUAACUACUAAUCAAUGGGCAUCACGAUCUGUACAUAUCACACAAUUAAUGUCGAAAAUUAUUUGUAUUUUUGUCGGAUGUCUUUUAGGAAUGUGUCCAUUACUAUUUCGUGAUGCGUCUUCAAAUAAAAAAAAAUCAGCAAAGGAAAAUAAGGAUUAA